AUGGUUAGAUCUUUCACCAUCAAAGUGCCUGCUUCCUCAGCAAAUAUAGGACCGGGGUUUGACGUUCUGGGAAUUGGUCUCAACCUUUACUUGGAACUACAAGUCACCAUUGAUCCCAAAAUUGAUACCUCAAGCGAUCCAGAAAAUGUGUUAUUGUCGUAUGAAGGUGAGGGGGCUGAUGAGGUGUCAUUGAAAAGUGACGAAAACUUGAUUACGCGCACAGCUCUCUAUGUUCUACGUUGUGACGACGUCAGGACUUUCCCUAAGGGAACCAAGAUUCACGUCAUUAACCCUAUUCCUCUAGGAAGAGGCUUGGGAUCUUCGGGUGCUGCAGUUGUCGCCGGUGCAUUGCUCGGAAAUUCCAUCGGACAGCUUGGAUACUCCAAACAACGUUUACUGGAUUACUGUUUGAUGAUAGAACGUCAUCCAGAUAACAUCACCGCAGCUAUGGUGGGUGGUUUCGUUGGAUCUUAUCUUAGAGAUCUUUCACCAGAAGACACCCAGAGAAAAGAGAUUCCAUUAGCAGAAGUCCUGCCAGAACCUCAAGGUGGUAUUAACACCGGUCUCAACCCACCAGUGCCUCCAAAAAACAUUGGGCACCACAUCAAAUACGGCUGGGCAAAAGAGAUCAAAUGUAUUGCCAUUAUUCCAGACUUUGAAGUAUCAACCGCUUCAUCUAGAGGCGUUCUUCCAACCACUUACGAGAGACAUGACAUUAUUUUCAACCUGCAAAGGAUAGCCGUUCUUACCACUGCCCUGACACAAUCUCCACCAGAUCCAAGCUUGAUAUACCCAGCUAUGCAGGACAGGAUUCACCAACCUUACAGGAAAACUUUGAUCCACGGACUGACUGAAAUACUGUCUUCAUUCACCCCAGAAUUACACAAAGGUUUGUUGGGAAUCUGUCUUUCCGGUGCUGGGCCCACAAUAUUAGCCCUCGCAACUGAAAACUUCGAUCAGAUUGCUAAGGACAUCAUUGCCAGAUUUGCUGUCGAAGACAUCACCUGUAGUUGGAAACUCUUGACCCCAGCUCUUGAAGGUUCUGUUGUUGAGGAGCUUGCUUAA